CUUUGCAGGACAAUAGACCCUAGUAUUUCUUUAGCACAUUGAACUGCAACAGAUACAUUUACCUGCAAUUUCUCUUUAUACGAUAGAGAUGUUGACCAGAUUUACUGGAUACCACUUGUAAUCAGUAGUAUGCUAUGAGGAUUUCUUUGACUUUCAUCUCCAUUGGAUGGAUUUUGUUUGAUUUAAACUGAAAUGUCCAUUAACUUUUUGGGUGCUAAAACACUUAACAGCAAAACACCAAAGAAAGCACACCACAUCUGGUUAAUAUAUAACCUGAGAGAAACCGAGUUUGUAUUCAACAGCUGAAAAGUGGAUUUUGAAAGCUUUAGUGUUGAGUUUGUAGCUAUUCACCAUUCACGAGCUAUGCCUGUGGGUGGAGGUGCUGUGGCUAUCUUCUCUGUCUGGGACUAUGUGGUGUUUGCUGCCAUGGUCCUGGGAGCAGCCGUCAUUGGCCUCUUCCAGGCCAUCCGUGGACGUAAGGGGAGCAGCAGUACCGAGUUUCUACUGGGUGGGAGGCAAAUGACAGCUGUGCCAGUCGCCAUGUCACUCACCGCCAGCUUCAUGUCAGGGAUUACUGUGAUAGGCACUCCAUCUGAGGCAUACAUCUACGGCACUCCAUUCUGGCUUUUCGCCUUUUCCUACACCAUCAUGUCCACCAUCAGCGCGGAGAUCUUCGUACCCCUUUUCUACCGUCUGGGCAUCACUAGCACAUACGAGUACUUGGAGAUGCGUUUCAAUAAACUUAUUCGAGUGAUUGGAACAUCUAUGUACAUAGUCCAGACAGCUUUGUACACAGGCAUGGUCAUCUAUGCCCCUGCUCUUGCACUAAAUCAAAUCACCGGUCUGGACCUCUGGGGUGUGCUGGUAGCCACAGGGGUUGUCUGCAUUGUCUAUUGCACUCUGGGAGGUCUGAAAGCGGUGAUAUGGACAGAUGUUUUCCAGAUGGUGAUUAUGCUCUCUGGCUUUAUGGCGGUCAUCACUCAAGGGGCUGUGCUCCAAGGAGGCUUUGGAAGAAUCUGGGAUGACAACUAUAAAGGUGGACGCCUAGACACUUUUAGUUUUGAUCCAGAUCCUUUGAGGCGGCACAGUUUUUGGACUAUUGUUGUUGGUGGCAGUGUGAUGUGGACAUCAAUGUAUGCCAUUAACCAAUCACAGGUGCAACGCUAUAUUUCCUGUCGAACUAUGACUCAUGCUAAAAUGUCUCUGUAUGUGAACAUGGUCGGAUUAUGGGUCACUGUGAGCUUAGCCAUGUUCACUGGCCUCACCAUGUACUCCAUCUAUAAAGACUGUGAUCCUCUUACUAACAAAGAUGUUGGUGCUUCAGACCAGCUGCUGCCAUACCUGGUGAUGGACAUUCUAGCAGAAUAUCCAGGUGUUCCUGGAUUGUUUGUUGCAGCUGCAUACAGUGGAACAUUGAGUACUGUGUCAUCCAGCAUUAACGCUCUGGUGGCAGUCACUGUGGAGGACUUUGUGAAGCCUAUGUGGCCUAGCCUAAUGGAGAAACAGGUAUCCUGGAUUAACAUGGGACUGAGUGUGUUCUUUGGGGGAUUGUGCAUUGCUAUGGCAGCCAUUGCUUCCCUAAUGGGGGGUAUAUUGCAGGCUGCUUUGUCCAUAUUUGGUAUAAUUAGUGGACCUCUCCUGGGCCUGUUUCUAAUGGGCAUGUUUUUCCGCUGCGCUAAUUCCACUGGAGGUCUGGUUGGCUUGAUCACAGGACUGAUAAUAACACUGUGGGUAGGCAUUGGUGCUCAGGUGUACCCUCCUCUACCCACUAAGACCAAACCACUGCCCCUCAGUGUAGCUGGAUGUGAUGCUGAUGAGAUAAAUAUAACUACUGCACUGCCAGCAUGGUCCAGCUCAGUCCUACCAACCUCAGACCCAAGUGUAAGACCAGUUCUUGCAAACUCCUGGUAUUCUCUAUCCUACCUGUACUUCUGUCCUCUGGGCAUGCUGGCAACCAUGACCAUCGGGCUAAUAAUUAGUACCAUCUCAGGGGGCAAUAAACAGGAGAUGAUACGGCAAGAGCUGUUUAUCCAAAAGGGAGACUUCAUAUGCUUUAGAUGCAGUAAAGACACUGAGAAUCCUGACUCAAACUUGAUUGAGAAGGUAGAGUCAGACAAUACUUAUGGACUGGACAACCCACACUUUAGUGAUAUGGAACUGGAUAUAAAAGAGAAGGAUCAAGAUAAGAUCACCAAGCUCUAGGAUUCCACUGAUGCACGACUUUUUUUAAUUAUUAUUUUUUAAAAUUCAUAAUACAGUAAAUAUUGGUUUGUAUAUUCAUCUGUUGGAACUCCAAACUUUUUCCCUGAUGCAAAAGCCACAGAAAAAAUCUUUGUAACUAGUUAACGCAUUUUCCUUUGGGAAAAGGAGCCAAACACCAAAUUAUUAUACAAAAACUUCACAAAAAAGGCAAAAAUGUAAUAAUGUAAAGAAACUCUCAAACACUUAGUUAGCAACUGAUUGCUCAACUCAACAAAGUGUAUGUAUUUUUGUACUGAGUAUUUUAUUUACAAUUUGCAAUAUUUACAAAUUAAGUAACUGUACAGUUUUAUAAUGAUGAAAUUAA